AUGGGGUCGCUUAACUUAGUGGUGCUGGUGAUGUGGGGCAGAGAGGCACCCACCCACGACAUCUCCUGCGUACUCUUGACGAAAGAUGUGCAGACUGUGGUGACCGGCUCCAGAGACGGCCAGAUUUGUGUGUGGGACUUCGAUCCACCUAACCUGAAGGUCACACCACGAUGCCUGUUAGUGGGUCACACAUCAGCGGUGACCUGCCUGGCCCCUGGAGGCUCGGCACACGGGACCACCUUUAUCGUAAGCUCCUCGGAAACUGGGGAGAUGUGUACAUGGGACCUUAGGGAUGGCAGAUGUGUAGAGGUGCUCAGGUCUGCUAAUGUACACACCUCCAUGACUGCCUACCAGAUGCUCAAUGUGGAUGAAGUUCGAGUGUUUUGCAUCGGAAAUUACCCAGAAAUCCUUGUUUACGACCCGUUCACUCUGGACAUCCUCUUCUCUCUGGCCGCGCGGAUACAGCCCGACUGGAUAUCUGCCCUCCACAUCCUCCGCCCUCCCAGACGCAACGACGAGGUGGUCCUGGGGGUCACGACGGCAGGCUGGGUAAAGGUGUGGACAGUCAGCGAGAGAGACGUCCGACCAAGGGAACCAAUUUUUGAGCACGAGUCCAAGAUGAUCCACUCUCUCAAUGCCCGGUGCCUUGUGUGCUGCACCUACAACCAACGCACGGUGCUGGUGGUGUCGCAGGGGGACUGGCAGAUCUACGACGCAGGUGACUUCUCGCAGCUGUGCCGGGUGUGUGUGGGGCCGGGGGAGCACUGGAUGGGGGGAGACUUCCUCUCGGCAGAUCGUAUUAUUGUUUGGACUGAUCAGGGUCAAGCAUACAUCUACAAACUGCCCACCAAGGCUCUCAAGGGCAAGGCAGUUGGUUGCAUAGUGGAGAGCCGUGCCUUCCACAACAAGCAGGUGGAGGGGGACAACCCAGUCAUGUAUGGCAUUGUGCGGCCCAAGACAGAGGAGGGUGUGGAGGCGGGGCAGGCUGUGCAGCAGCUGAUCAACGCACCGGCCUGGCAAUUUAUGACCAUCCCGUUGGAGAGUGGCGCUGAGAAACUGCUCAUGAGGGGCGACUGUGAGGGCCAGAUCAAGCUGUGGCGGCUGGCAGAUGUGUCAGAUCACCAGCUGCAGCAGAUACAGCAGGUGCAGCCCUUCCAGGCCCUGCUGUUCCCCCCCACACUGCACCACUCCCUCACCAAGGCCUGGGCUGCCAUGAUGCCACCACCUAUUGGAGUUCUUGACCAGCUGGAGGGAGAGAAGAACCCGCCCCGCAUCUCGGCCAGCCUGUUCCUGCCGCUCCAGGGCCGCCUAGCGUGUGGCCGCGAGGACGGGUCUAUUAUCUUAGUGCCAGCCACCGAGACCAUCAUGCUGCACCUCCUCCACGGCAAACACCACGACUACCACAACUGGGCCCAACCAAUGGUGCUCCGGGGUCACCAGGGUCGGGUCAACUGCCUGCUGUACCCACAUGGGGAGAGCACACGGUAUGACAUGGCCCAUCUGGUGUCUGGGGGCAUGGACUUCUCAAUCUGCGUGUGGGACAUGUACACAGGGCAGCUCGUCCAUAGAUUCGUGGUACAAGCGGGUCAGGUGCUGCAGCUGCUUGUACCGCCGCCCUCCUGCACGCCACGCAUUCAGAACUGCAUCCUGAGUGUGUCUGAGGACCACAGCGUCGCCCUGCUGAGCAUCAAGGAGCGGAAGUUGGUGCUGCUGGCGUCCAAGCACUUGUACCCUGUGAGCGCCAUCAAGUGGAGGCCAGAACAUGACUUUCUAAUGGUGGCCACCCAGGACGGCUCUGUUUAUGUGUGGCAGAUGGAGACAGGCCACUUGGAUAGGGUGCUGCAGGGUGUGACGGCAGAGGAGGUGCUGGGGGCCUGUGACGAGCACUCCACAGCCUCAGGGGGCGGUGCUGGUGGUGCUGGCUCGGAGGUGGGGCUGGCCAACCCUGCCGUGCAUCUGUUCCGAGGCCUGAGACACAGAAAUCUGGCCGCUAUCAGGCACGCUGCACAGCGUGGCAUCCAGCAGGUGUUGGGUGAGCAGAACAAUUACCAGGACAUCCACGACAGCUCCAAGAUGCGCACCUGUCCCCUCAUGAUCCAAGGCCUGCGCACCAACAAGCAGGACGCAAAUUCUCACGUUCUCUUCUUUGAUAUUGAAGCUCUUAUAGUGCAACUCCUGAGCGACGAAUACACCCUUAUGUCCCCUGGCACCCUGGAGGCCCACGAGCUUAUCAUGAGCAGCCAGUACCAGCGAAUGAACAUCCUUACUCACCCUGCCUCACCUGAAGCUGCCAAGAAGAUCGCAGAAUUCUUUGGCAAGGUGAAAGAUAAGGCAGGAGAGAUGGAGAAGAAGAUGAAGGAGAAAGAUAAGCAUGGCCUGUUGUCCCGCAUGAAGGAGGGAGCAGAGAGUGUACAGAACAUGAUACAGAACAAAGUGGAACAGACAGGCUUCCGUCCCAUGUCCCUGUCGACUUGUAAGGAUGGCAACAGCAGCAGAGUCCAGAUCCCUCGCCACCUGGAUGUGACGGCCCAGACACUGCAGAUCGGACAGAUGCUGAUGUCACUGCUACACUCAUGGGGUCUUGACCAGUCCCUCGACCACACCUGUGAACACAUCCUGGGCCUCCUCAAGCCAAGGGUGCCUGUGUCCUAUGGUCUUAUCUCAAAGUCUGGGUACAUGUCGCUGUUCAUGCCAACGUGGCAUCCAGUGCGGCCCGCUGACAUGCCCCCCAUGACCAUCCCGCCCGAGCUGGCCUCAGAGUUGCCCCCAGAGAUGAUUCAGCUGGAACACCACACCCAGGUAUUCACGGGACGCGGCCACUGGGAGGUGUCGCCGGCCCUCACCACACACCACCUGCUGGCCCUGGUGUCUGUGGCCAACACCCUGCAGGACAUGAAUGCCGCCACCCUCAUCCCGGAGCAGGAGAGGCGUCGCAAGAAUUAUAUCCAAAGCUCCAAGGCUAACACAGGCAGCGUGGGUACCAACAGCAGUGGGGAGGAUGAGUUUAGCAGACAGCAAUCGGUGAUCAAACAGGGCUGGUCCACCCUCACUGCACUCCACACUGUCCUACUGCCUGACUGUGUGACGGCCGCUGGGGCACCCUGCUACCAGCCCCCCAUGGUAGAAAUCCUGGCGCGCCGCUGGCAGGACCGGUGUCAGGAGGUGAGAGAGGCGGCCCAGGCACUCCUGAAGACAGAGCUAAGCCGCAUGGGGAUGGCAGGGAGGCAGCAGCUGGUGGUGGAGUGGGCGCCCCACCUGCCCACCCACACCGACCCCCUGCCCGCCACCACCGCCGCCCACUUCAACAGUCACCACCACGACCCCUCCCACCCACCACGCUCUGACCACGCCAGCCUCAAGGGGUCGUCCAGCACCACCUCGUCCAUCCCCACUACCAACGGCACCCCCAUGCAGGGAGGUGGGGGCAGCAGCGGUGGGGUGCAAGGUGGAGGGGGGGAGAGGGGGAUGGAGCCUCACCCCCACCUGGACGAGGACCACUAUGAUGAGGAGAUGGAUGGGGAGACGUGCCGAGAGAUCAUAGCGCAGUCUGAAGGUCGUCGUAAGCAAGCCACCGCAAUAAUUCUCCUGGGGGUCAUAGGAGCCUACCACGGACAGGACGCAGCUGAAGGAUUUGGCCUAGGGACGCUUGCCAUGCAGACCAGCAAGGCCCUAGCGUACCUGGUGCUGGCUCCCCCUGGCUCCAAGCUGCCUGCACACAAUCCCCUGCGCAGGGCCGCCAUCGACCUGAUUGGCCGUGGCUUCCCUGUGUGGGAGCCCUACCUUGAUGUGGCCAAGGUGUUGCUGGCCCUCCUAGACUUCUGUGCUGACACUGAUCGCCUUGCCCCCAGCAUGAAGUAUGGCCUCCCCCUGAUCCCUGAGGCCGACACUUGCCGCACUGCCUCAAAUGCGCUGACACUGAUUGCCGAGGCCCGUCCCCCUGCAUUCAUCACCACCAUGGCGAGGGAGGUGGCGCGCUUCAAUGCCCUCCAGCAAAACGCACAGAGCCUGCAACUCAACAUCCACAACACAGUGUUACACCGCGCCAAAACGGAAAUCCUGAGGGUGAUGGAGUAUCUGAUUGUACAUAAACGCUGCCACAUCAUGGACCUUAUGGUGGAGGUAAUGGACAUAAUUCUUCACUGCGUCGAUGCGGGCCACCUCAAAAGUCGUGGCCUGAAUGAGGUGUUUCCCUCCAUAUGUGGCUUCCCCCAGGUCUCCCACUGCCCCCACACCCGUCGCAUUGCCACCGGGGCCAAGAAUGGGGCCAUCGCCAUGUAUGAGCUGCGGGCGUCUAAGUGUCAGGUGAUCCCAGCCCACACCGCUCCCAUCACAGCCGUCAGCUUCUCCCCUGAUGGCAAAUACCUGGCGUCCUAUUCCAUGGGGGAGAACAAGCUUUCUUUCUGGCAGACCUCCUCGGGCAUGUUCGGUCUAGGUGCCUCCCAGACCAAAUGCACGAAAACUUUCUCAACCAUGCCAGUGCCAGACAUUGUGCGCCUCAACCCUCAGCGGCUGCCCAAGCUGGUGUGGAUUUCCAACAGAACGGUGGUGCACAUGAUGGCCGACGGAACGGAGCACCGGUUCAACGCUUAACGGAAUGGAGUGGAAAUUUGACUGAAUCGAGGAACGGAAUGUGGACUGAAUGCACUGGUACGGAUGGAAUGGGAGUUUUUAGAGUGGAUAGGUGGAUAGGGCAGAGAUUCAAUGCUUAACGGAAUGGAACGGAGUGGAAAUUUGUUUGAACGAAUUGAACGUAAUGUGGAGCGAAUGCACUGCUAUGGAUGGAAUGGAAGUUUUUAGAGUGGAUAAAUAGAUAGAACAGAGAUUUAACACUUAACGGAAUGGAAUAAAUUUGACAUUGCACGGUUCACUGGACAGAUUGACGGAUGGAACAUAUAUUUACUGCUUAGAGUGGAGACAAAUGUGGUUCGCAUGAUAGCUAAGGGAACGGAAUAGGAACGCAAUGGAGACUAGACAUAAAGCGACAGUAGGCAACCCAGAUUCUGUGCAUAGAUUGAACAGGUGGAACGGAGGAACUGAACGGAGGUUAUUGCUCAGACCCAGUGGAGAAACGGAACAGGUGAUGCGUAGGAUGGAAGGAAAGGAAUGGAUUGGAGCAAAAAUUUAACGUGUAGACUAGUGGAACAGAACGAAACAUUUAAUGCAUACACAAAUUUGACGGACCGACGAAACAGGAACGAAACAGAACAUAGACUGAAUGGACAACGAACUGGACGGAACGAAACAGAACGGAACAGGUUUAGCGUACAUUGAAUAGACAGUAAAUUCAAUGGAUAGACUAGACAUUGGAGCGAAACACUGGUUCGCUAACAGACUUGACAGAACGGAACGAAACUGACACAAGACAAACGGAAAGGAACGCUUAAUGGCCAACAUGCUGUACGGAGCGGAACAGAUGCACGGGGAGACGAAAUGGAGUUUGAAUGCAUGAGAUGAAGGCACGCAAUGGAACAACAGACAGGGGAACAGUGGAACGAAAUGUCAGAGGAGUGUUGGGAUUAAUUACUAGAAAUGGGAUUGUUGGACAGACGAACAGCGGAAUAGAACGAACGGUGGAUGUAAUUAAUUGCCAGAUAGGAUUGUUGGACAGUGGAAUGAUGGAAUGGAACAUGAAUGGUGGAUGGAAUGAAUUGCUAGAUAGGAAUAUUGGACUUGGGAACGGUGGAAUGGAACUUGAGAAAAAAACGGAAGGAAAAAAAAACGUAAUUAAUUGCCAGGUAGGAUUGUUGGACAGUGGAAUGAUGGAAUGGAACAUGAAUGGUGGAUGGAAUGAAUUGCUAGAUAGGAAUAUUGGACUUGGGAACGGUGGAAUGGAACAUGAGAAAAAAACGGAAGGAAAAAAAAAACAUGAUUUACAGAAGAGGAAACAGGAAAGAAGGAAAAUGAAGUUGUAAAGAGAAAGAAAAAAAUGUGAAAUAAAAAAAAAAAAAAGGUGAAUGACAUAGAAGUAUAAAAAUAAAUGAGGAAGGGAGGAAAGAAAAUAAAAUAAAUAAGGAAGAAAGAAAAUGUAUUAAGUUGAGGAAAGAAGGAAAGAAAGAAUUGAAUAAAGAUAAAGAUAGUGAAAAAAAAUAAGAUAAGAACAGAGAAAAUGAAAAACACCAACCAAAUAGAAAAUGGAAAACAAACAAACAGGAAACAGUGGGAAACAAACAAAAUAGAAAACGGAAAAUCAAACAAGAAAAGGAAGGAAAAAAAAAACAAUAUCGACUAAAAUAAAACAAACACAAACCGGAAACAGAAAAUUCAAGAGAAAAAAUGAAAAAAAGAAAACGGAAAGGAUAAAAUAGAAAACGGAAAGCAACGUUGCCACCUCAACUUUGUGCGUUCUGUAGUAGAUGUCUGUCUGUAUAAGUGUGUGUCUGUAUGUAUGUGUGUGUGUGUGUGUGUGUGUGUGUGUGUGUGUGUGUGUGUGUGUGUGUGUGUGUGUGUGUGUGCAUUGUGUCCGCCGCCGCUGCCGCCGCCGCCGCAUCAAGCAGUGUUGUCGUUGUUGCUGUUUUAAUCUUGUUGUUGUUGUUGUUGGUGUGUGUGUGUGUGUGUGUGUGUGUGUGUGUGUGUGUGUGUGUGUGUGUGUGUGUGUGUGUGUGUGUGUCCAUUCCUUCUUUCCUUCCUUUCUUUCUUUCUUUCUUUCUUUCUUUCUUUCUUUCUUUCUUCCUUUCUCUUUCUUUCUUUCUUUCUCUCUUUCUUUCUUUACUUAUUGCUUUCUUCCAUUCUUCUCUUCUUACUUCCUUUAUUUGCUUCUUCCUUUUACUUCCUUCCUUUCUUUUUGUUUCAUCCUCUCUCUCUCUCUCUCUCUCUCUCUCUCUCUCUCUCUCUCUCUCUCUCUCUCUCUCUCUCUCUCUCUCUCUCUCUCUCUCUCUCUCUCUCUCUCUCUCUCUCUCUCUCUCUCUCUCUCUCUCUCUCUCUCUCUGCCAUCACAGUAUCUCAUGAAGCGGUGUGUGUGUGUGUGUGUGUGUGUGUGUGUGUGUGUGUGUGUGUGUGUGUGUGUGUGUGUGUGUGUGGUGACUAAAUACGAGUACACAUACAUAAAAUCCAUACAUAUGUUGAUAUAAAACCGUACAUUCCGUGUGUGUGUGUGUGUGUGUGUGUGUGUGUGUGUGUGUGUGUGUGUGUGUGUGUGUGUGUGUGUGUGUUUUAAGUAGAUGUAGAUUGAAGUUCUUAUGAGAGAGAGAGAGAGAGAGAGAGAGAGAGAGAGAGAAUAUAAAAGUAUAGAUGUAUUAUUCCUCCUCCUCCUCCUCCUCCUCCUCCUCCUCCUCCUCCUCCUCCUCCUCCUCCUCCUCCUCCUCCUAUAUGCUGCAAAUAAAGAUGUCAAUAUGCUCCUUUUCCUUUUCUUUUCUAUUUCUUCUUUAUCCUUCAGAACUAUGCGCUAUCUCUCUCUCUCUCUCUCUCUCUCUCUCUCUCUCUCUCUCUCUCUCUCUCUCUCUCUCUCUCUCUCUCUCUCUCUCUCUCUCUCUCUCUCUCUCUCUCUCUCUCUCUCUCUCUCUC